CGACGGGACGGGGGAGGCGGCGAGGGGGCGAGGGGGUGGACACGCGCAUCUCGAUUCUCGCGCUCCUCCGCCGUUGAUGGGGCCGCGCGAGAGCUCGCGAGCGUCGCCGACCCGCGGCGGACUCACAUCACACACGUGAUACCGUCGUUCGGGAGUGCGCGCCUCGUCUUAGUCGCGGCGACAUCGGACUUCUUCUUCUUGCCUGCCCAGCGAAACGGCGUCGGGGCGGGACGCACAGUAUCGCUGGAAAACUACCGCGAGAAAUGCAGUUCUCCACGGAAGAGACCUCCAAGGGACGUCCUAAAGACGUCUGGAGAACGUCCUACGAACGCAUUUCCAAGAUAUUUCUCGGCUAAUCCGAGGUAAUUUGUUUGGAGAUCGGAGACGAUUAACGUCGAGGACAUGGCGGUCGACAUUUUGGACGAGGAUCAUCUCGCCGUGAGCGCGAUUGUGACCGUCGGUAUGCAGCUGAUCUUCUUUACGAUCGCGGCCACUUUCCAGAUGGACAAGCUGACGGACUUUGCCGGCGGCACCAACUUCAUCAUCCUCGCUCUCCUCACUUUCUUUCUCGGUCAAGUGGGCAAGACGUACGACAGUCGGCAGAUGAUGGUGACCAUAUUCGUAUGUCUGUGGGGCGUACGGCUCUCCGGGUACCUCCUAUACAGAAUCGUCAAAAUAGGCCGUGAUAAGAGAUUCGACGAUCGUCGCAGUAACGUGAUCCGCUUCGCCGUGUUCUGGACAUUUCAGGCUGUGUGGGUGUACGUCGUCAGUCUGCCUGUGAUAAUAAUCAAUUCUCCACGACAUAAAAUACCGCCCGCGCCAAAAACGAUGACGACGCUCGACAGCGCCGGUACGGGCCUCUUCUUGGUUGGCUUGCUAGCUGAGACCUACGCCGAUCUGCAAAAGUUCACCUUCAAGCAAGAUCCGGUGAACAAUGGGAAGUGGUGUAACGACGGACUUUGGAGGCUCUCCCGACACCCAAAUUAUUUCGGCGAAAUCGUUGUCUGGUGGGGGAUAUUUGUAAUAUCCCUAAACGUCAUCGAAGGAGCAGAAUGGGUUGUUAUCGCAUCCCCGAUCUUUACGACGCUGAUUAUUCUAUUUCUAUCGGGGAUGCCAUUAUUGGAAAAAGCAUCGGAUGAAAGAUACAGGGAUAACGCGGAGUAUCGCUACUACAAGCGGUCGACGUCACCGUUGAUACCGAUACCACCGUCUAUCUACGUUGAGGUGCCACAUUUCCUCAAGUUUAUAUUCUGCUGCGAAUUUCCACUCUAUGAUUCCCUGGAUGUGAAGCCGAGAUCGGCCGUCACCGAAUCAACGUCUAUCAGCCUCGCAGCGUCCACGUAGCUGUAACCACACGCCGGACGUCCGAAUUCUGAGUCCGGCGUGCAGUCGACAGCAACAGCUUCAACCAGUACAGCCCUCUGAGCGCUACUUUAUCUUUCUCUGCGGCAUCGAGAACCCCGUCUACCUACUGACAAAAAUAUAAACUCGACGGCCGAACCGUAAAUCCCAGUCCAACAACACUCUAUCAAGCGCGAUAUCGGCACGAUCUCGAGGAGUUAGACUGUACUUGGUCAUGCACAUCAAUUUCGGUAUGUGGGAACCGAGAAGGAAUCCUUCUUCAAGAUGGAAAAGCUUAUAAAAGAUGAAGUAUUAUUAUUUUUGUAACUAAAAGCCCUUCCCGGCGUUAGGCAUAAACGUUACCGGUGACUUUUCGUAUAGAAUCGAAUGAUGAGAUGAAUAAAGAAAAUUAUUUUUGUAGCGAUGUUAUAUGGGUACCAAUGUAAAAGUAGUUUAACGACCAAUUCGAGCAUCGUUUCUGUACGACAAGUCGACGGUAAUCAACGACUCGAUUAGCGGCUUUAUUUAUGUAUGUACUUAAACUCUUAUUUUAGAUACAAGAAGAUUAGAUAAAAGAAGAGAGAUUGGAAAUAAUAUAUAAUUUGUAUGUUCCAAAUAUAAUAUCCAGGUUUAAAAAAAAAUCUCUUAAAAAGCGUCACUAUAUUCAAUUAGUCAAUCGCUACUUUAAAUGAAUAAUAUUAUGUGUUGUUCCAAGAGAGUAGUUCUUGGAAAUAAAUUAGGCAGGCGGUUUACCGCGCUCGCUGUCAACUAACAAAAAAGUAUGUGUCUUAAAUAUCACAGAAACGAAAUUUAAAACGAGAUUUUAAUGUAAUAUAAAUAAGACGAUGUAGCCCAUUUUUGAAAAUAAUAGUAACUUUGAAAAUUGAUAGUCCGUAAUGAUUGGCGAUUGAUACUGUCGAUUCGUUAAAGGUCAAGUAAUUAGCAGAAACGAAUAUCGAGGAAAAACGGAACAUGUGUGUUCCAAUUUUCGUGACUCGGCAGCGAAUAAGCAAUAUUUACCGCCAGAGAUGUCAAACGAACGUAAUAAAACAGUCAAGUUUACAUUUCACCUAUCACAAUUGCUAUUCAUUUCGUUAUUCAUGUAGGAUGCUUACAAAGAAAUUUUAGAUGCAAUGCGAACGUGGUACAUACGUCCACGUAUCCCGAUUGCAAUUCCGAGGCUUUCGAUCGAAUUAUUGAGUCAUAGCAAUAUUAAACAUAUCUCCGUGCCGAUAGAACGUUCUCAGAAUACGAAAUAAAAACAAAUUCCGAAGGAAAUUUAUAAAACAUAUGUAGCGAUAAUUCAAAUUAAUGACGCGCAUGAAACGAAUUCCUCGUGAAUAAAUGAUUCAAAUAUUACUUCCCAAUACUUUACUGUUACGUAUGUCUUCGAAGUUUAGAUAAUAAAUAAUUACUGAUCCUGAGUUGUGGAAUUAUUGGUUAACUACCUUGCCCUCUUAAUUAUAUUAUAUGAUCUCAUAAAAAAAUGCAUAUUAUAAUAUCUUUUAAAUAAGAUUCGGAGAGCAAAUCGCGAUAAACGUCGACAGAUUACGUAAAGUUCGCUUCAUAUUUAUAAACACAUUUUAUUUGUUCGUAUGUAUAUCAUUAAUAAAUGGUGAUAUAAUAAUGACAAUGAAAUGUAUGUACGCCGAGCAUAAAACGAGCAGUCAUAUUAUAAUAAUUAUUAAUAUAUUCUUCUUAUAAUAAUCUUACUGUAUUGAGUGGGCCUACCUACGGUGCUUGCAACGUUAUGUCUCUCUUGUCCAAAUGUUUCUUCCAUUCUCUAAUUUAUAUUAUUUACUCGCACGUAAUAAUCCAUAAUAAUAUGUAACCACAGGUGAAAACAUAUGCGCCGUCCUAAGUAUAAACAGCAUCAUCCACUAAUCUUUUUUUUCCAUUUUCUUUUACAUGAUUAUAUAUACAUAUACAUACAUAUAUAUAUGU